AUGCAGCAGGCGUCGCGUGAAAGCCUUGCCCACGUGGCAGCGCCGCCCACGCCCGCCCCUGCCCGCUCUCGCCGCGCCCUCCCAUUGAGAAGUAAUUUUUUACCCCCUGAAUCUGAUAAACCCCGGAAUAGGGGUGAGGGGCUCCCCCGCCCCGAACUAAUUUUCCCGAGUCGUACGACACACCCCCUAUGCUUACAUCCAUCUACAAUAUUACUAGAGCGCGUUAUGCCGUUCACGGAGCACUUAGUUCCUACUUAUCUGGUACCAAUGUGA